AUGCCACCAUCCGAGAGGACACCGCUCGUCGGCGGCAACGGCAACAACCGCCAGAGCGGCGAUGGCCUGCCCAUGCAUCGACCGGAAUCCUACCCCAACGCUCGGCAGCACGGCGACCACCACGGGCCUUCGUUUGUCGGCUCGCUCUGGUGGCUGGUUAGCUGCAGCUGGCUCAAUGUGCUCCUCGUCUUUGUCCCGCUCGGCAUCGCCGCCGAGUUCCUGCACUGGCCCGCCGUCUGGAUCUUUGUGCUCAACUUCAUGGCCAUCAUCCCGCUCGCCAAGCUGCUCGGCGAUGCCACCGAGCAGGCGUCGCUCAAGCUCGGCCAGACGCUCGGCGGCCUGCUCAACGCCACAUUUGGCAACGCCGUCGAGCUCAUUGUCGGCAUCGUCGCGCUCGUCCAGGGCCAGCUGCGCAUCGUCCAGACGUCGCUCAUCGGAUCCAUCCUGUCCAACAUCCUCCUCGUCCUCGGCAUGAGCUUCGUCGCCGGCGGCCUCUUCCGCGCCGAAAACUCGUUCCAGCAGACGGCCGCCCAGGCCUCGGGCUCCAUCAUGACGCUCGGAUGCAUCACCAUCGCCAUCCCCGCCGCGUACCAGAUGUCGCAGAAGAUGUCGCAGAUGUUUGACGGCGGCGAGGCCGCGCUGGCCGCCUACCGCGACAGCAAGGACACCGAGGCCGGCCUCCUCUUUAUCUCGCGCGGCACCAGCCUCAUUCUCGUGGCCAUCUACAUUCUCUACCUCUUCUUCCAGCUCAAGACCCACGCCUUCCUCUAUGAGGCCGACGAGGAGGACGAUGAGGAGGAGGAGGAGCUCAAGAUGACGCCCUACGCCGCCAUGCUCGGCCUCGCCGUCGUCACGGUCGUGACGGGCUUCAACGCCGACUACCUCGUCUCGGCCAUUGACGAGGUGGCCAACGACUACAAGAUCCCCAAGGCUUUCAUCGGCGUCAUCUUGCUGCCCAUUGUCGGCAACAUGGCCGAGCACCUCACCUCGGUCUGGAUGGCGGCCAAGGGCAAGAUGGAGAUCUCGAUUGGUAUCGCCGUCGGCAGCUCGAUCCAGAUCAGCGUGGGCAUGAUCCCCAUCCUGGUCCUCGUCGGCUGGGCCAUUGGCCAGCCCCUCACCCUCUUUUUCCAGAGCUUCGAGACCGUCGUCCUCGUCGCUGCCGUGCUGCUGGUCAACACGCUGAUCCAGGACGGCAAGAGCAACUACAUGGAAGGCGCCAUGCUCUGCUCGCUCUACCUGGUCGCCGCGCUGUCGUUCUGGGUCGAGCCCGAGCAGUCCUAG